ACGCUUUUAAAAACCCGUUAAAUCAUACAUCUUUAACGUUGAACACUCAUCAGGUGACAUCUCAAGUGAAGCCACUUCCGCUGUCAUGUCAGCUUACUGAAAUUGCCGCAUGUGUCCUGGGGUCUCCCGUAGAUAUUCUGAAACGUAGUAUUCCCUUUGGAACUGCUUAAGUAAUCAUACAAGAGAAAGAAAUGGCUGAAGGUUUUCAGGAAAAGAGUCGUGGACUGAAUUUUGCAGAGAAACAGCUAAUGCGUCAUGGAUGGGAACAAGGUAAAGGUCUUGGUCGGCAAGAGGAUGGUAUAUCGGAAGCUAUCAAAGUCAAAGUCAAAUGUGACAAGGGAGGGGUGGGACAUCACCAAGGGGAACAGUUCACCUUUCAUUGGUGGGACCACGUCUUCAACAAGGCAGCUUCUAACCUAGAAGUGGAAUCUGGCCAGAAUGGUGUCCGGGUGAAGACAUUGGUGGAGGACAAAGAAGAAGGAAUGAUCUCAAACAAGAAGCCUAGGAAAGCCACUCUGGGUAGAGAAAAGCUUUAUGGAUCCUUUGUCAAGUCUGCCACCCUCCUGGCAGGGCUGGAGCAGAAGUCCUCCAGUACAGAUGACAGUAGCUCUGAAGACGAGGACCGGAAAUUGGAUCUUUCUAGCUCCACCAAGUUAUCAGAUGAUGACUUGAUGAAGGCUUGUGGAGGACGCACUGCUCAUAAAGGAGCUAGACACGGCCUAACCAUGAGCGCCAAGCUAGCCAGACUGGAGCAGCAGGAACAGGAGUUCAUGGAGAAGUAUGGCAAGAAGAGCCAAAAGGUUUCCACAGCACCAAAUAGUACCACCACCAUGACCCGGCCAGCUGCACAGAGUCCUGAACCAGAGAAUGAACUAGUGGGGAAGAUCACAGGGAAGAAGGAUAAAAAGAGGAAGAAUCACUCCGGUGACCUUGUGAAUGUGGCUGAAGAGAAUGUUGAACCUGGGAUCUCUGAAAUGACUGACAUGGAAGUAAAGAUUAAAAAGAAGAAGAAAAAGGGACGUUCAGAAGAGCACGCUGGGGAGCUGACAGGGAUUCCUCUAGAGGAAGACCUCAUGUCUAGAGAACAGAAUACAGCAGAGAAAACCAAGAGGAAACAUUUAAAAAACAGGAAGGUGGAAGAGGGAGAACGCUGCAAUAUAAAUGGAAAUGUGCAUGAAAGUGCUGGUCAUAUAGCUUGUGAGGCUAGAGGAGGUAGUGAAGAAAUAUGUGGUGUCAAUCUGCAACACAGUGAGACUACUACCAAAAAGAAGUCAUCCAAGAAGACUGAGGAGACUCCUGUAUGCAUGGAAAACACAGACACUGAAGCUAUUCCAUCUGAAACCGUGGAUGCUGCUCGGCCAAAAAAGAAAAAGAAAGCAGAGAGAAAAGAAACUGUGGAAGAGCAACCGGAGAUAAAAAAGAAAAAGAAGAAACUCAUGGAGGACAAGCAGACCGUAGAGGACUGUGGGUUUGAUAACGCUUGCUCUAUACCUUUAAAAAAGAAACAUAAAUCCAAAUGUAUAAAAUAGGACUCACUGAGCCCAGUCAGUAUUUUUUAAUGGUAUUUUAUUCAGUAUGUAUACUUACUGUAUAUAUUCAGUAAGUAGGUAUUCUUUUUAAAUGGACUGCUAGUCCAUUAAAAAACAGCACAGUAAUUAUAACCACCAUUUAUUCCAAAACCAAACAAUGCAAGACACAUCUUUCAAAAUGAUCCUUUGGAAGGCUGAGUGUUUUGUUGUAGUUAACUACAUGGUUUCCACAUUAGGCGAAACACCCUACACUCCAUCAAAAUGAUCUGAAUCAAAGAUGUCUGUGAUUUCUAUUCCACUUGCAAUCAGAGGUGGUCCAUAAAAACCAACUGUCAUGAAUGUAUGUUUUAUUGCCACAUAGGUUUUCUCUGUAAUGAAAUGUUAUAAAUAAGAACAAUUAACUUGCUGUAAUAAAAUACAUUUUGGUAUACCCUGA